AUGGCCGGCGGCACGUGGACCGAUACGGCGGAUCGCCAGCUACUGCUUACCAUCAUCCACCUCGCGGCGCCCAAACUGCCCGAAUGGAACCAAGUGGCCGUGAGUAUGGGCGAAGGAUUCACGGCCGAGGCAGUGCGUCAACACUUCCAGAAACUGCGCAAGGAGGCCAAGGCGGCGCUGGGAGAUGUCACUACGCUCUCGCCUGCCAAAGCUCCCAAGGGAACUCCCCGCAAGGCAGGCAAGAAUCCGACGCCGAAGAAGAGUGGGGGGAAGCGUAAGGCGGAGGAGGCGGAGUUGAACGGGCACGAUGAGGCGGAUGAUGAGGAGAGCCCGAGCAAGCAGGCGGCGAUGAAGAAGGCCAGGCACGAGAUCGACGAGACGGACUGA